AUGUGUAUUCGAGAUGGACCUCUCCCGGCAGGAGUAUCCAGCACUGCUGAUAUCGCCGACUGGCUUCAGGCCACCAAUGGCAACAACAGCAUCUUCCAGAUCCCAUGGCAGCGCAUUAUCAACGCCGCCGAAACCGUCGCCGCGUCUCAUGAGACCUUCGCGCAGAAGAUUGACGAGGAUGUAGAGCGUCCGCUGAGAGAUUUUCACAAUAAGAACCGCGAAUUGGCGUCGAUGCCUGGUGUUCAAAGCGACCUCGCAGGGCUGGCCAAGAGCUUAGAAGCAUCUCAGAAAAAGGUGGAUAAGGCCCGGGAGAAAGGCCCGAAAGGCGCGGACAAGUUCGCCAGUGCGGUCGCCGCCACGGAGGAGAUCAAGCAACAAUGGGAGUCCCGGGCACCCUUCGUCUUCGAGCAACUCCAAGCCGCCGAUGAGACCCGCCUCAAUCAUCUCCGGGACGUCCUUACUCAACUGGAGACUCAUGAGACGGACCAGGUUGAGCGUUGUCGUCAAGCCGCAGAAAGCUGCCUCAACGUCCUUCUGAAUGUCGAGACCGCUGAUGAGAUCAAAACUUUUGCUGCCAAGAUCAAUGGGGGAAGACCGGUCGUUCCGCGGGAGCCGCAGAGCUCGCCUCCCCCAGUUGCUCCCCUCGCACCGCCCCCACAGUUCCAGGACGACUCUGCUAGCCAGCGUUCCGAGACGUCUGGUCGGGUCAGAUCUCCCCCUCCGCCCGCCCCUGAACCGCGUCACACGCCACUCGGGGGACUGAAACGGCUGGGGACGGUGAUGAACCGGAGAAAGAGUGUGGUGAACCCUUCCGGCUUUGGUGAGAAGAAACAUCGCAGUCCUUUCGCUUCUUUCAAGAGAGGCGAGUCUCGUGAAGCGCCCAUUCCGGAAUCGUCGUCGGGAGCAGACCGUCCAGGAACAGCUUUGACCACGCAAGAGAGUUAUAGCGACUCAAUGCGCCAACCGAGCGAGUCUCACGAACGGGAGGGUCUCGGUACUGCCUCGAGCGGAUUCUCGCAGCCAGCCCCAGUCCCAGCAACCACGAACGGAACGGCUUCGCAGGAAGUGUCGUCUGCGACAGGCAUAGCUAAUACUGCGGUGAAUGAUGUUCAUGUGGACUCGGAAGGAUACUCCGAACGGCCUCAAACUAUGGAUGAGAUCAGCCGGGCUCAACGAGAAGCCGCUGGCAUGGAAGAGCCAAGCAUCAACUUGACGAUCCGGGACCAACCGAUCUUUGAAGACGAGGACCAGGCUAAACAGGCAAUGGACGACAUGGCAAACCAACUGAGAAUGCAAGCUCAGCAAAGCGGCAUUCGGCGCAACGUUGGAACCUUGCGCGGGCGACGAGACGUGCGCAACACGGUCUUCAUCCCUAACCCGCCAGCGAUGGGCACUGAGGCGUCUGUGGUCACUCCAACCUCUGAGGUUCCCAUGCCCACAUCUCCAGCUGUACCAAAGCACGUCGCCUCCCCCAGCACCGCUACGGAUGAGCAUGCUCUGUCAGAUACAACGUCCGUCCGCUCGUCCCAUACCCUGCAUAGCAUUGCAGGCCCGGUGUCGCACCCGGAACUACACGAGCCUGGGUUGAACGCAUCCAUCAUCGAGACUGUAAAUGCUUGGUUCACGGAAGGCGAAGUGACAAAGUCAUUUGUCGUCGGGGAACUCGCCCUGGCAUACAAUGGCACCCCAGGUGCGCCAUUGGAAAACACACGAGUCCAACUGGAUAACUUCCAAGUGCUUGAGAAAGUCGCCGCAAAUCCUCAUUUUGUGAGCGAGGAGAAGGAUGACGACAAGAGGGGCCAAUAUAGCAUCCAGCUAUCCAGUAUUGCACGCCCCUCGCCAACAGUGGCGUUCAAAUACCAGCUUCAUAUUGACCCGUCUGAUACUUCCGCCUACUGCCCCGUUAUCUUCAAACCUGCGUGGAACCUCGAGGAGCACCAAGCCAGUGCGAUCAUUUUCUACUCGUUAAACCCGUCGUUCACUACUACUUCCUCGAAGGACUCCGUCACUCUUCGGAACCUAGUCUUGACGGUCAACCUGGACACGUCCCCUGAGGAAGGCCGCGAGGUGGCUCAUGCCACAAAUGCCGUGAUGUACCCAAACACUGGAGCUGCUUUCCGCCGCAAACAAUCAGCCGUCACCUGGAAGCUGCCCGAGUUUGAGGUUAAGGCUGGAUCGGACGGAAAGUUCCUUGUUCGGUUCGCGACGUCAAACAGCUGGCCACGGAAAGGAAAGGUGGAUGCCAAGUUUGAGAUCUACUCCUCGGAUGCGGGUUCCCGACUGGGCGUCAGUGCUGCGUCGGAUUCUGCGCAGAAGGAGUACGAUCCUUUUGCUGAUGAUGGCCCUGGUGCGUCCGGUUCGCAGCCGUCGCUGUCAUGGGCCGAGGUCCCGACCGUGCGCAAGCUGGUCGGAGGCAAGUACAUCUCUUCUUAA